GAUUGGCUGUUCUCUCUCCGGCCGUCCAACACCGUCUAGACCAACCGGAUACAGGGGCAGGGCUUCCGCUUCCACCUUCUCCCUCCUCCCGCUCGUCCUCCGGUCGCGGUAGCCACCACAGCGGCAGCUGCCGGGCGUGGUGUCGGCGGGUCGGUUGGUCUCUCUCUCUCUGUCUCUCAGUGUUGGCGUCCGUGCCGUUGAAUUGCCCGCCAUGGCUGAGCUAGAUCCGUUCGGCGCCCCGGCUGGCGCCCCCGGCGGUCCCGCGCUGGGGAACGGAGUGGCCGGCGCCGGCGAGGAAGACCCGGCCGCGGCCUUCUUGGCGCAGCAGGAGAGCGAGAUCGCGGGCAUCGAGAACGACGAGGCCUUCGCCAUCCUGGACGGCGGCGCCCCCGGGCCCCAGCCGCACGGCGAGCCGCCGGGGGGUCCGGAUGCUGUUGAUGGAGUGAUGAAUGGUGAAUAUUACCAGGAAAGUAAUGGUCCGACAGACAGUUAUGCAGCUAUUUCCCAAGUGGAUCGAUUGCAGUCAGAGCCAGAAAGUAUCCGUAAGUGGAGAGAAGAGCAAACGGAACGCUUGGAAGCCCUUGAUGCCAAUUCUCGGAAGCAAGAGGCAGAGUGGAAAGAAAAAGCAAUAAAGGAGCUAGAAGAGUGGUAUGCAAGACAGGACGAGCAGCUACAGAAAACAAAAGCAAACAACAGGGUGGCAGAUGAAGCUUUCUACAAACAACCCUUCGCUGACGUGAUUGGUUAUGUCACAAACAUAAACCAUCCUUGCUACAGCCUAGAACAGGCAGCAGAAGAAGCCUUUGUAAGUGACAUUGACGAGUCGUCCCCAGGCACUGAGUGGGAGCGGGUGGCCCGGCUGUGUGACUUUAACCCCAAGUCCAGCAAGCAGGCCAAAGAUGUGUCCCGCAUGCGCUCAGUCCUCAUCUCCCUCAAGCAGGCCCCGCUGGUGCACUGAAGAGCCACCCAGUGGAAACACUACAUCCGCAAUAUCUUAAUCCUACUCAGUGAAGCUGUUCACAGUAAUUGGAUUAAUUAUGUUGAGUUCUUUUGGACCAAACCUUUUGUCUUUAGAGUUGAUCAUUGUUUGUGAUUGCAUGUUUCCUUCAACUGUGUUCUCCCUGGCAUUCAGAGGAGGGGGAGGAGGAAGAGGGAGGGAGGGAAGCCUCCCAGCAGUAGCCUCAACCUGUGCUUCGUGCAUUAUUCUGAGAAUAAAUUUCUGUUUUAAACAA